AUGAAUCAGCAGUCACCCAAGGAAAAGGCAGAGGCCCUGAUCGGGGCUCUAGAAAAGUAUGGCCAAGGUGACUACAUCGGAGAGUCGAUUAGCCAGUUAGAACACUGUUUGCAGGCGGCUCAUCAGGCCCAUAAAGCGGCCACUAACAUUCUGCUAGAUGCUCGUGAUGAGUUGGUAAUCGCGGCUUUAUUACACGACAUUGGUCAAAUUAUUCCGCUAGAAUCCACGAAGGAGGUUCGCAUGAAUCUUGGCGAAAGCACGGAAAAUGUCGGCCGGGUCGGCCAUGAAGCCAUCGGGGCAUCAUAUCUUCGAGCUCUUGGAUUCAGCGAGGCAGUGUGUCGCUUGGUAAAUAGUCAUGUCGCAGCUAAACGGUACUUGACUGCUACUGACCGAGGGUACUACGAGUCUCUAUCAUCUGCCUCACAGAGAUCGUUGGCCUUUCAAGGUGGCCCCUUCCGAGAUGGGGACCUCAAAAACUUUGAGGAAGAUCCGCUUCGAGACGACAUGGUCUCCCUUCGAUUGUGGGAUGAUGCAGCGAAAUUGGAGGGAGUUGAGGCAAUCACACCCCGUGCUGGGGUAUAUCUGGACAUGAUAAUCGCACAUUUACUUCGUGAAAAAUGA